GCUCCGGAUAAAGCCCCCGUCACGUGACAUCGGUUUCGGUUCAUCGUCAGAUUUACAAUUUAUAUAUUUAUAAACCUAAAUUAUUAAACCAUUUACUAGAUAAAUUAGUUUAUUUUGAGAAUUAUUUGUGUCGGUUGGACCAAAUUAUUAUAGAUCUGGCAUGUUUAGAAAGAAAAAGGCCUGGUUUUCAAAAAGUGUGAGUGAAGACCUUCGUCGUCUAUGGGUGUCUGGAGGUGGGUUGAUCGCCAGCUGGACCUCUGCGGAGUACCUGUUCAGCGCGGAUGCAUCCUGCCCUGACACGCAACGGGUUUUUGAAAGUGCAGACUAUGUAGACGACAGGGUGGCCGUUUUCCACAGCUCAUGCCUUUCUGCAUGUGAGCAGCGCCAGAACAUGGAGUCAUUGACUGCUGGCCACUAUGUGCUCCCCCCAGCAUGUGUUCAGAAAGAAGUUAAAGCAGCAGUUGGGGGCUUCAUUUGGGAGCAAGAGGACGACCAUAACAUGUUACAGAUGGAAAAGUGUAGCUGUGAAAACCAAGAACCUCAGACUAGCUACAAAGCACUCAGGAUGGAAAAGCCAGAAAGAAAACUUCCCUGGUGUAAUACGCAACAUUAUCCUACCAACAACGCGAUCACAGGGUAUGUUUCAGUAAAUGACCUGAAAAGGUAUCCUGGGAAGUUGCAUGACUUCCGUCCAGGCUGUUCUGGGUUUUCAGUGGCUAAAGUUACCAUGGAAAACACCAUAGCCUUUGAUACAACGAGGAAGUCCAAGCUACCAAGAACCCCUUCUGUUACUUGUGAUCUCUUUAGCAAAGCAAAGGAGUAAGAAAAGAAGUGCAAUACAUAUGUCAUGGCAAUUGUCUUUGAAAUAUAAAGAACCACUUUAGACUUCUGGAAAGGUUUUUUUUAUGUGUACAGGUGUAACGCCUCAAUAAUAUAAGAUGAGAAAGCGAUAUAUACUUUAAUAAAUAUGUAUUUUAAACUU